UGUUACAAUUACUCUGAUAUAAUGACUUCUGCCGGACAGCUGCCUCAAUGUGACUCACAUCAGCUUGAAGUUGUUGACAUCUUUAGUUGUUGAACUAUUUUCCGUUCAUGUAAAUCACUGCUUUGCUGUGCCCGUUGAUGUUAAUUGUGAUUCAAACGUUUAAUCGCGAUCCACUAGCCAGUAUGCAAAAGAAAGAAGGAGAAGACAUCUGUAUUCUGAUCCAUUCAAACAGAAUUUGCAUCGUCACACUAGCUCCAUCUCAUCCUAUUCUAGAAAAGAAGAAGAAAGUUACAGGUGUAAAUUUCAAUGUUGGUAAAGUAAAUCGCUUAGACAACAAGGUGUCUGGAAAGGGCAAAAGGGGGGCCCAGUGGCUAGGACCCAGUUCAACGCUUUGCAGCUUGUCAUGUGAAGAUGGCAGCAUAUAUGAUGUAUGCAGUGGGAUCAAAGGUCAGCUUAUUGAGGUCAAUGAGGCCUUGAUUCACUCUCCACACCUAAUCAAUGAAGAACCGCUUAAUACUGGUUACAUUGGCAUUCUUCUGCCGCCAUUAAAGGAACACCAACAAGAGACUGAACGGCUACUAACAGAAGAUCAGUACCAAGAGGUCUUGCGAGAACGCCAGUCGGCUUGUACGUAAGCGAAUGACAUAAGGACGACCAUGUGAAGGUAGCGGGGAAUAGGAGAAAACUGCGCUUUAUUGACAAGAAAAUAAUGAUGUGAGCUGUGGAGACGUUCUUCCUGUGAGGUGCCUUUCAAAUGCUGCCGCUCCACUGACAGUUUUGUGUAGCAAGAACAAUUUUAGACCACCUCAUGGCAACAUAUCCACGAAAAACAAAGUUUUGACAGACUUAAUAUGGGUGUUUAGGUGUCGUAUCAACGCUGCAGGAUGCCCUUUGGGAACUGGUGAUCCUGGCCAGUUCUUUAGUUCUAGUAAAGCUUUGAGCGAGGUUAGUGUGGUAAUCAGAUUGUACGUGAAUGGCAUGUCUUUCCGGACAAGUGAGCAUGGUCGGUGUGCAAGGGAGGGAAUCCGUGAGUGGUGUCGGACCCUUUUAAUUUUGCUUGAGUGGUAUAAUUCUCGAGUGAGGUUUGAGUGGCAGCGACGUACUAGAAAGGCUGUGCAUGCUAUCCCUAUACUCCAGUCAAACUGUGACGUUUGUCUGUUCUAAUGAGUGGCAUCGGUCUGUUCUAGUGAGUGGCAUCAGUCUGUUCUAACACGGGUGUGAAAGGCAUCGCAGUCCUUACGCUGCACCCUGGGUUUUGUGUGUGUGUUUGUGGGUGACGUGGCCUUGUGACCCUUCACCUUACAAGUACCAGGGUCAUCUUGGUGCUCGUUGUGAGGAAAUGACUGAUAGCCCGUUCGUGUGACACUGACUGCCUUGCCGUCAGCGUGUUCUUGUGAUUUGUCGAUUCUUGUCGCCAUUUUUGUGAGGUAUUGAUCCGUGGUCCUCGCCCUGCCCUGGUGAUGGAGGCAGUGAAGGUCACCAGGGUAGAGAAACCUUGCGCUGUGCACGCACAUCGUCUCCGGGACGGCAAGCCACAGGAGUCACAGAGGCCUGACUGC